GGCGGCGGCGGCGAGGGCGGCGGAUCCCGGAGAGCGGCGGAGCGCGAGGAGUGUAGGAGCCGGGCAGCCGGAGGGAUACGGACAUUUCCAUCAUGGCUCAUUCAAAGACAAGGACCAACGAUGGGAAGAUUACUUACCCUCCUGGUGUCAAAGAAAUCUCAGAUAAAAUCUCUAAAGAGGAGAUGGUGAGGCGCUUAAAGAUGGUUGUAAAAACUUUCAUGGACAUGGAUCAGGACUCUGAAGAGGAAAAGGAACUUUACCUGAACCUAGCUUUACAUCUUGCUUCUGACUUUUUCCUCAAGCAUCCUGAUAAAGACGUUCGUUUACUGGUAGCUUGCUGCCUUGCUGAUAUUUUCAGAAUUUAUGCUCCUGAGGCUCCUUACACAUCUCCUGAUAAACUAAAGGAUAUAUUUAUGUUUAUUACAAGGCAAUUAAAGGGACUAGAAGAUACAAAGAGCCCUCAAUUCAAUAGGUAUUUUUAUUUACUUGAGAACAUUGCGUGGGUUAAGUCAUAUAAUAUAUGCUUUGAGUUAGAAGAUAGCAAUGAAAUCUUUACUCAACUAUACAGGACCUUAUUCUCAGUUAUAAACAAUGGCCACAAUCAGAAAGUUCAUAUGCAUAUGGUGGACCUCAUGAGCUCUAUCAUUUGUGAAGGUGAUACAGUAUCUCAGGAGCUCUUAGAUACAGUUUUAGUAAAUCUGGUACCUGCCCAUAAGAAUUUAAACAAGCAAGCAUAUGACUUGGCAAAAGCUUUGCUGAAGAGGACUGCUCAAGCUAUAGAACCAUAUAUUACCAAUUUUUUUAACCAGGUUCUGAUGCUUGGGAAAACAUCUAUCAGUGAUUUGUCUGAGCAUGUUUUUGAUUUGAUUCUGGAACUCUACAACAUUGACAGCCACUUGCUGCUCUCUGUUCUACCCCAGCUUGAGUUUAAAUUAAAGAGCAAUGAUAAUGAAGAACGCCUUCAAGUUGUUAAACUGCUGGCAAAAAUGUUUGGGGCAAAGGAUUCAGAACUGGCUUCUCAAAAUAAACCGCUUUGGCAGUGCUACUUGGGCAGGUUUAAUGAUAUUCAUGUACCAAUACGCCUGGAAUGUGUGAAAUUUGCUAGCCAUUGUCUCAUGAACCAUCCUGAUUUAGCAAAGGAUUUAACAGAGUAUCUUAAAGUGAGAUCACACGACCCUGAGGAAGCUAUUAGACAUGAUGUCAUUGUGUCUAUAGUAACAGCUGCUAAAAAGGAUAUUCUUCUUGUCAAUGAUCACUUACUUAAUUUUGUAAGAGAGCGAACAUUGGACAAACGGUGGAGAGUACGCAAAGAAGCCAUGAUGGGACUUGCUCAGAUUUAUAAGAAAUAUGCUUUACAGUCAGUAGCUGGCAAAGAUGCUGCAAAACAGAUAUCCUGGGUCAAGGACAAGCUACUACACAUAUAUUAUCAGAACAGCAUCGACGAUCGGUUACUUGUUGAACGGAUCUUUGCUCAGUACAUGGUUCCUCAUAAUUUGGAAACUACAGAACGGAUGAAGUGCUUGUAUUACUUGUAUGCUACACUGGACUUGAAUGCUGUGAAAGCAUUAAAUGAAAUGUGGAAAUGUCAAAAUUUACUCCGACACCAAGUAAAAGAUUUGCUUGAUUUAAUUAAACAACCUAAAACAGAUGCCAGUGUGAAGGCCAUAUUUUCCAAAGUGAUGGUUAUUACAAGAAAUUUGCCAGAUCCUGGUAAGGCGCAGGAUUUCAUGAAGAAAUUCACACAAGUGUUGGAGGAUGAUGAGAAAAUACGGAAACAGCUGGAAAACCUUGUUAGCCCCACAUGCUCCUGCAAGCAGGCUGAAGGCUGUGUGCGUGAAAUAACUAAGAAGUUGGGCAACCCUAAACAGCCUACAAAUCCUUUCUUGGAAAUGAUCAAGUUUCUCUUGGAGAGAAUAGCACCUGUACACAUAGAUACUGAGUCUAUCAGUGCUCUUAUCAAGCAAGUGAAUAAGUCAAUAGAUGGAACAGCAGACGAUGAAGAUGAGGGUGUCCCAACUGAUCAAGCUAUUAGAGCAGGCCUUGAGCUGUUGAAGGUACUUUCUUUUACACAUCCCAUCUCAUUUCAUUCUGCUGAAACAUUUGAAUCCCUUCUGGCUUGUUUGAAAAUGGAUGAUGAAAAGGUGGCAGAAGCUGCCCUGCAAAUUUUCAAAAAUACAGGGAGCAAAAUUGAAGAGGAUUUCCCACACAUCAGAUCAGCCUUGCUUCCUGUAUUGCAUCACAAAUCCAAAAAAGGACCACCUCGCCAGGCCAAAUAUGCCAUCCAUUGUAUUCAUGCCAUAUUUUCUAGUAAAGAGACCCAGUUUGCACAGAUAUUUGAGCCUCUGCAUAAAAGCCUAGAUCCCAGCAACCUGGAACACCUCAUAACACCACUGGUCACUAUUGGUCAUAUUGCGCUUCUCGCUCCUGAUCAGUUUGCUGCUCCUCUGAAGUCUUUGGUAGCAACUUUUAUUGUGAAGGACCUACUCAUGAAUGACCGGCUUCCAGGAAAAAAAACAACUAAGCUUUGGGUCCCAGAUGAAGAAGUCUCUCCUGAGACAAUGGUCAAAAUUCAGGCUAUUAAAAUGAUGGUUCGAUGGCUACUUGGAAUGAAAAAUAAUCACAGUAAAUCAGGAACUUCUACCCUCAGAUUACUAACAACCAUAUUGCAUAGUGAUGGAGAUUUGACAGAACAGGGGAAAAUUAGUAAACCAGAUAUGUCGCGCCUGAGGCUUGCUGCUGGGAGUGCUAUUGUGAAGCUGGCACAGGAGCCCUGUUACCACGAGAUCAUCACGUUGGAGCAGUACCAGCUGUGUGCACUAGCCAUCAAUGAUGAGUGCUAUCAAGUCAGACAGGUGUUUGCUCAGAAACUUCACAAAGGGCUUUCCCGGUUACGACUUCCACUUGAGUAUAUGGCCAUCUGUGCACUUUGUGCCAAAGACCCUGUGAAGGAGAGACGAGCUCACGCUAGACAGUGCCUGGUGAAGAAUAUCACUGUGAGGCGAGAGUACCUGAAACAACAUGCAGCUGUUAGUGAAAAAUUAUUGUCUCUUCUGCCAGAGUAUGUUGUUCCAUAUACAAUUCACCUUUUGGCACAUGACCCAGAUUAUGUCAAAGUACAGGAUAUUGAGCAACUUAAAGAUGUGAAAGAAUGUCUUUGGUUUGUUCUGGAAAUAUUGAUGGCUAAAAAUGAAAACAACAGCCAUGCAUUUAUCAGAAAGAUGGUAGAAAAUAUUAAACAGACAAAAGAUGCUCAAGGACCAGAUGAUACAAAAAUGAAUGAAAAACUGUACACUGUGUGUGAUGUUGCCAUGAACAUCAUCAUGUCGAAGAGCACCACAUACAGUUUGGAGUCUCCUAAAGACCCAGUGUUACCAGCUCGGUUUUUCACCCAACCUGACAAGAAUUUCAGUAACACCAAAAAUUACCUGCCUCCAGAAAUGAAAUCAUUUUUUACUCCUGGAAAACCUAAAACAGCCAAUGUUCUAGGAGCAGUUAAUAAGCCACUUUCAUCAGCAGGCAAACAGUCUCAGACCAAAUCAUCAAGAAUGGAAACUGUGAGCAAUGCAAGCAGCAGCUCAAAUCCAAGCUCUCCUGGAAGAAUAAAAGGGAGGCUUGAUAGCUCUGAAAUGGACCACAGUGAAAAUGAAGAUUACACAAUGUCUUCACCUUUGCCAGGAAAGAAAAGUGACAAGAGAGACGACUCUGAUCUUGUAAGGUCUGAGUUGGAGAAGCCUAGAAGCCGGAAAAAAGCACCUGUCACAGACCCAGAAGAGAAAUUAGGUAUGGAUGACCUGACUAAGUUGGUACAGGAACAGAAACCUAAAGGCAGUCAGCGUGGUCGGAAGAGAGGCCAUGCGGCUUCAGAGUCAGAGGAGCAGCAGUGGCCUGAGGAGAAGAGGCACAAAGAGGAGCCCCUUGAAAAUGAGGAUGAACAGAACAGCCCGCCCAAAAAGGGCAAAAGAGGCAGGCCGCCAAAACCACUCGGUGGAGGGACAUCGAAGGAAGAGCCAACUGUGAAAACAUCCAAAAAAGGAAACAAGAAAAAACCUGUACCUCCUGUAGUAGACGAAGAUGAAGAAGAAGAAAGACAAAUUGGAAACACAGAACAGAAGUCAAAAAGCAAACAGCACCGAACAUCCAAGCGGGCACAGCAGAGCAGAGCAGAAUCUCCUGAAACUAGUGCAGUUGAAUCCACACAGUCCACACCACAGAAAGGACGAGGAAGACCAUCAAAAACGCCAUCACCAUCACAACACAAAAAAAAUGUCCGUGUAGGACGCUCCAAACAGACAGCUAGUAAAGAAAAUGAUUCGAGUGAAGAAAUGGAUGUGCUUCAGGCCAGCUCUCCUGUCAGUGAUGACACUGCACAGGAAGGAGCAGAAGAGGAGGACAUUUCUGCAGGAAAUGUACGACGGAGAAGUUCCAAACGAGAAAGACGAUGAGCACAUGUCAUUAACUUUCAUUAUGAAAGCUUUGGGGGGAUAAAAAACACUUUUUUUUUUUGUCAAGUAUGAGGCUAAAUAAAGCCUUUGAUGCACAAAAUGGGACUGCCAAAGUGUGGACAGUUGGACCUGUGAUGACCAUAGAUUCAUGGUCACAUGCGCCAGCCUUUCACAUAGUGAUGACAUUACUUCGGAGCCGUGUGAAAGUGUCCUGUGUGAUGGCUGUGUAGACAUAAACUAAAGAAGAAACAUGUAAAUAGCCCCUCCCCAUUUCUGACUUCUGAAGUGCUUGUAUAGCUUUUAUCUGCGGCUUUAAACUGACAGGACCCCGCUGCUUACCGGAUCUGUUCAUCUGAAAAGCAUUUGUUAGGGUGGAUCUUAAGCAGUCGUCCGUCAGUGUUUGUAUUUGUAUUCUCUGCAAUUUUACUGUGAAAAUUUGUUUUUCAACAAUUGGUGUCAUUUUCUUGAUGUCACUGUUGGAGUUAAAUGGUCUCUUCCCCUCUUUGUAUCUCACUGUGUUUACCCAGGGCACCCUUCAUGUGAGAGGUGCUGGAGCGCCUGCCAUUACGUGAGCAGCACCUCUGUCAGGAGGCACCACGCAGAUGGUGAAAUAGUACUCAAGUUAUUUGAUGACUUUACACCUCAGUAUUGGUCCCAGAAUUUUCUGGCCUUUCAUGGCAAUGAAAAUUUUAAGAAAGAGAUUUAAAAUAUUUUAAUUUUAAAGAGUGUGUUAUAAAAUAAUGUACUAAAUUCUUUAUUCCAUUCUAUCAUCAUUUUCAGUUUAUAUUAAUCUACUGUAUCAAUAAAAUUCUGUAAUUUGAAUGGGCUUUUAAUAGUCUAGAUUGUUAUUGUGUAUAGAUAUUACUUCUUGAACAAUAUGUUCUGAAAAUGCAAAUUAUUACACUAUAAUAUAAAAUCUGAUAUAUACACAUUAGAAAAGUUCUUGUUCUCCAUAACCAUGUAAAGUUAAUCAGAAACAAAAAAUUUAUUGAUGCAGUGUAUCUUUAUAAAUCUGUUCUUGAAAGCCAAGUGUUUUGUAUUUUAUAGUGAGUUGCAUGUUCAUGAAAAAAAUGCUGAUCAUGAGAUGUGCUUUUUCUGUAAAUUCAUACUUAGCCUUAGCAUAUGAUAGAUGACCCCUUAACAUAGUUUUUCAUCAAGAGUUUAUAAUUGUACUUUAUUUUGGAGCCAAAAAAAAUGUUGUUUUUUGGGGGGGUGGGAGGAGGGUGGCAGUGAUCUAUCUAGUCUGGGCUGACACUGUAGGUGUCACACUCUCAUAAACACUGAGUGAGUUCCACUGCAUCUACAACAGGAGAAAAUGGACAUUUGCCUGGGUUUAUCUUAAAGGUCUCUUUGUUGUCAUUACAUCUGCAAAGUCUGAAGAUGAAUUGUUGAGACAGUGUUCUUUAUAUAGUUGUAUGAACUGUAUUUUGAACCAAAAUGUAUUGGUUACCACCUUAUGCUCACCUGAAUUAACUUUAGAUUUAUGGGUGCUGAGUUGUUUUUGCACAGUUGUUAACAACAGAACAGAAAAUUACAUUCUAUGUUACCAAUUUAUUCUGUCAAAUAGAGAGCAUUUUCAUAUAGCACACCUUUAUGUUUGAGGUAUGUUUCUGAAAUUGGCUAUAAAUAGAUUGGGGAUGCAAUAAAGAAAUGACUAUUUUGGAAAAUGACAUUUUGCUAUUUUCCAGUAUGUACCACAAAUGAUGUGAUUAUAUGUGUAUGAAACACUUAUUUUAAAAAGCUGUUUGAAUUGUGUCUUAAAUCUUGGAGUGUUGCACUUGUCUGACACCGGUGGCGAUGGGAGGCUGCAGUCGUCAGGGCAGCUAACACCGGAUUCUGAUACUUUGGAUUUUAAUGUUUCAUCAGCUCGGCUCUCCAAACAAUGCUGUUUCCAUUUCAGCAGUACAAAAGCAUGUUUUUAAAUUUAUGGCAUAAAUAAUAAAGGAUAGCUUUGUAUUUUUAUCACCAA